AUGGCCGCCUCCCCCAACAAGAAGAUCCGCGAGGCCUCGCAGCUCGACCAGCUCAAGCAGUUCACCACCGUUGUGGCCGACACGGGCGACUUCGAGCAGAUCAACAAGUACAAGCCCCAGGACGCCACCACGAACCCGUCGCUGCUGUUCAAGGCCGCCCAGAUGGAGCAGUACUCGGCCCUGGUGGACGACGCCGUCGCGUACGGCAAGGGCCUGUCGGCCGACCUCUCCGAGAAGGAGCGCCUGGGCUACGUCAUCGACAAGCUGUCGGUGAACUUCGGCCUGGAGAUCCUCAAGGUCGUGCCCGGCUACGUGUCCACCGAGGUGGACGCCCGCCUGAGCUUCGACACGGAGGGCACGAUCGCGCGCGCCCACCGCAUCAUCGACCUGUACGAGAAGGCCGGCAUCAAGAAGGACCGCAUCCUCAUCAAGAUUGCCAGCACGUGGGAGGGCAUCCAGGCCUGCAAGAAGCUGCAGCAGGAGGGCAUCUCGUGCAACAUGACGCUGCUCUUCGGCUUUGCCCAGGCCGUGGGCUGCGCCGAGGCCGGCGCCACGCUCAUCUCGCCCUUCGUGGGCCGUAUCCUCGACUGGCACAAGGCCAAGACGGGCAAGUCCAGCUACGAGUCGCACGAGGACCCCGGCGUUGUGUCCGUGACCAAGAUCUACCAGUACUACAAGAAGUACGACUACAAGACCAUCGUCAUGGGCGCCAGCUUCCGCAACAUCGGCGAGAUCACCGAGCUGGCCGGCUGCGACCGCCUGACCAUCUCGCCCGCCCUCCUGGAGGAGCUGACCAAGUCCACGGACAAGCUGGCCAAGAAGCUGGACCCCGAGACAGCUGCCAAGGCAUACUCGGGCGAGAAGCUGUCCUACGACGAGAAGGACUUCCGUCUGAGCAUGAACGAGGACGCCAUGGCCACGGAGAAGCUGGCCGAGGGCAUCCGCGGCUUCAGCGCCGACAUCGUCAAGCUCGAGCAGAUCCUCAAGGCCAAGCUCAGCGCUUAA